AUGAAACGGAGGGCGGCGCUACUCGUGCUGCUGGUCGUGGCGCUCAGCACCAAGGCGCUCACCCACGUCCCGAAGCCGUCGGCAACGACCGCGCCGCCGUUGGCCAGGCCCAGCGCCGACGGCGACCACCGUACGAGCCUCGACGGCGUCUGCCGUACGUUCCACAUGAGCGGCUCGUGGUGGCGCUACGAGUGGUGCCACCAAGAGCACGUGCGACAGUACGCGAUCGACCGCGUCACGGGCGCCGAGGCCUCGGUGAAUCUCAUUGGCCGCUUCUUCGGUGCGACCGACGGCGAGGCGUCGCCCACGCGCGCCCGGCCGUUCGUGACGCACGUGUUCUUGAACGGCGACGCGUGCCAUGGCGGGUCGCGGCAGUCGCCUGUCGCGCGCAACCGCAGCGCCGAGGUCCGCUUCUCGUGCUGCAGCUUUCGACCGACAGAAACGUACAUUGAGAGCGUCUCGGAGCCGAUCUUGUGCGAGUACCUCUUGAGCGUGUGCACGCCGUUGGCGUGUGCGACCAAAUUGCAGGCCCAAGACGAGAGCAGCGACGACACCAAGCGGCUCCGAGCGACUGUCAAGACCAUGUUCUACCACGCGUACAACAACUACAUGGAGCACGCGUUCCCGCUCGACAACCUCCGCCCGAUCUCGUGCAAGGGCGACACGUUCGAGCUCGGGAAGAUCCCAAUGCUGACGCUGAUCGACACGCUCGACACACUGGUGGUCUUUGGCGACUUUGAAGAAUUUCGCCGCGCAGUGCGCCUCGUGCUGUCGGGGGCCAGCUUUGACCUCAACACCGAAGUCUCGGUCUUUGAGACCACGAUUCGGGUCCUCGGCGGGCUCCUCUCGGCCCACAUGUUUGCAGUCGACGCGUCGCUCGGCAUCUAUGAAGCAAGCGCGUACGACGACGGGCUCCUGCGCUUGGCAAUUGACCUUGCCGACCGGCUUCUCCCAGCAUUUGUGACCAAGACGGGCAUUCCGUACGGGACGGUCAAUUUGCGUUAUGGCGUGCCCCGGGGCGAGACAACCGUGGCCUCCACGGCCGGCGCUGGCUCACUCACGAUGGAGUUUACAAUGCUGAGUGUUUUGACGGGCAACCCGGUGUACGCGCUCGCGGCUCGAAAAGCCGUGCGGGCGCUGUUCGAGCGCAAGUCGAGCGUCGGGCUCCUCGGCAAGCACAUUGACGUCGACUCGGGCGACUGGACCGAGACGAUUAGCGGCCCAGGCUCCAAUUCCGACAGCUUUUACGAGUACCUUCUCAAGAUGUACGUCCUCUUUGGCGACGCCGAGUCGCUCGGUAUGUUCGAGGAAGUCUACUCGAACGUCAUGGAGCACAACAAGCACGGCGACUGGUACGGCGACGUCUCCAUGUGGGACGGCUGCACGGGCGGCGCCGCCAUUGUCUUUGACAACCUCGUCGCGUUCUGGCCGGGCAUGCAGACACUCCUCGGGGACUUUGAGACGAGCGCCAAGAGCCUCAACGCCUACUACCAGGUGUGGCACAAGUACGGCUUCCUCCCCGAGCAGUUUGACGUGGGUCGGUGGCGCCCCAAAAAAGCCUCGAGCAACCGGUACCCGCUGCGGCCCGAGCUCAUCGAGUCGACGUUCUACAUGCACGCAGCGACGCGCGACGACUCGUGGCGCAAGGCCGGCGCGGCGUUCGUCGCGUCCAUCGAGCGCUUCUCCAAAACCACGUGCGGCUACGCGUCGAUCGCGGACGUCGAGUCGCGCGCCCAGGAGGACGACAUGCCCUCCUUCUUCCUCUCGGAAACGUGCAAGUACCUCUACCUGCUCUUUGACGACAACAAUUUGCUUCGACGAGGCAACUACGUCUUUACGACCGAGGCGCACCCGUUCCCUGUGCUUUCCUCGGCCCAAGUCGCAGCCAUUUGGCCACCGAACGGCGCCCCGCGUGCGCCCCGCCAAGCGCUCACGUGUCCGCGCCUCCCGUUCUACGCGUCCGUCUCGUUUGACGCCUCGUACCAGGAUGCGUUUGUCAAGAUGAAGCCCCGGUGCGACGCGCCCCGUCGGGCCGCAGCCAAGGCGAGUAAGAAGAACUCGGCCAAGGCGACGGCGCCCCGCGUCUUGCACGGUGGCGACGCGCUCGGCGACUUUGUCAUCGAUCAGCUCGUCGGCGGCUUUCGCGCCCGCAGCGCUCGGUUUCCCGGCGAUGCGCUCAAGGUCACCAACCUCGGCGACCCUAAGAUCGUCGUCGAGUUCCACUCGCCCGAGCCGACGCCGCUCGCCGACUUUCGCAUCCACAACUUUGAGACGGACGUGACGACGCGCUGUCGACUGCUCGUGUACGACGCUGACGACGUCCUGAUCGACACGAUCACGUGUUCCGGCGCGCUCUUUGGUCCGACCAAGACCGAAGGGUCGUCUGUUUUUGUCGAGAAGCGGUCGGUGGAACUCGCCUCGCCUCUGCGUGCGUGUGCGGCCAUGGACGCUGUCGACCCUGGCGCGAUCGUGCUCGUCCAGCGCGGCGACUGCUACUUUGACGACAAGGCGCGCCGCGGCAUGGACGCGGGGGCGAGUGCCGUCAUCAUCGUCAACACCGACGCGGCCGAGGACCUCAUGAUCAUGGCGCGGUCGUCGACGUCCGAUGCGGCGCAGGAUGAAACCCCGAUCUCGGUGCCCAUCGUCAUGGUGGCGCAGACGGCCGAGGCGCGACUCCGCCGACCCCACACCCGCGUUUCGCUCGAGCACCACAUUGUGCCCCGCGACGACGACGACUUCCCGUACGUUGUCGGGUCGCGCUACGACCUCAAAGUCGUGGGGCCGCACGGCUGGGGCCUCCACCUCGCGCUCAAGACGAGCGACGCAACCGGCGUCUCGGCGUGGACGAUUGCGCUCGUGGACGCCACGGCGCCCGAAGAGGAAGAGACAGCGUCGGACGAGACGACGCCGACGGCCCAAGCCUUUGCGCGCGUCUUGCAGCAGCUCAAAGGACUCGGCUUCUCGGACGAAGCGCUGCAUUUGCUCGAAAACGAAGACGACGCCGAUCUGCGACUCGAAGCGCUCCUUAGCGGUCUCCGAGAUGUCGGGCUGGACGAUAUGGCCGACAAGGUGGCGCUCAAGACGAGUGAUGCCAAGGUCGCCAAGGACGACGACCCUCCCCAGGUCAUCGAGGCAUUUCAGUCUCUGGCCAGCGAAGAGGACGCGAGCGAUGUGUGCACCGACGCCGACGCCCCCGCCAAGGUUCCUGGUAGGUAG